ACAGUAAUGGGCGGGUGCGGUGUCGUUACCCCACAGCCAUGGUUCCUCACAUGGAUUCAGUAGCACUGUAACCUUGGUGGACCGAUUUCUUCGUUAAGACACCUAUAAAAGAGGACCAUGCAGGCUGCUAUGAAUAUCACGGCAAAGUAUUGCCACAGAGAAAUGGAGGCAUAUGGUUCUUGUGUGGCAUCCAACCCAUCGACAUGGCAAGAAAAGUGUCAUGAACUGAAGAUAAAGGUUUCACAGUGCACAUCAUCACACCCAGUGAUACAGAAAAUCAGACAGGACUGUUCCAAACAAUUUGUGGAGUUUGAGCACUGUCUGAGAGAAAACCAGGACAAUCCUACCUCCUGCUCACCGCAUGUGGCUCGAUUUCUGGGCUGUGCAGAAACAGUGGACCUCAGUGGGUUGGAUACAAAUCCGGUUCCUCAGCCAUCAUAGCAUUUAGACAUCAUAUGUCAUCUGCAAAUCUCUCGUUUCCACAUCAGCACUGAUGAUCUGGUUUCACAUGUUCUGGUCUUGUUUUUACAUUUCAGUUUAACUUUAGUUUUUGUUUACUUCUGUGUAAAAUAAUGUGACUAUUUUUCUUUCUGUAACAAAGAUGUAGGGAACUAAUGCAACAGCACUGUGGCUGUUUGUUUAGAGAGGAGUAUGUGAUCACUGAGCAUAAUGUUACAGUUGCUCACAUGUAAAAAUAUGUUUUUCUACUGAUUAUUACUCAACAGUCUCAUUAAAAUUGAAAUCAAACUAGCUUA